AUGACUAGAGGAAUACUUGCUGUUCAUAUUGUUGAGGGUAAAGAUUUAAAGAAAACUGAUGAAUUUGGUCAUGGUGACCCCUAUGUGGAAAUUUGGUUAGAUAAGAACGCUCAAAAAUUCAAAACUGAUGUGAGGAGAGAUACUCCUACACCCGUUUGGGAUAGGAAAUAUCACUACAACGUUACCAAUCAAUGUGAACUUCAUGUAAGAGUCAUGGAUGAGGAUAUCUUGACAGAUGAUACUAUCGGAACAGCCUCUGUAGAUAUCUCCGACAUCUACACAUGUUAUUACAUAGAUAAGUGGAUUGACUUGCCCGACGUGGAUGGCAAACACCGAGAUGGCCAAGUUCACAUAAUUUUGGAAUACUUCCCCCCUCAUUUAAUCGCAGAAUACUUCCCCUCCAAAUAA